AUGCCCUCCACAUACAAGAAGGAAAAGCCAUGGGAUACAGACGACAUUGACAAGUGGAAGAUUGACACCUUUACCCCCGCCGACAACGCUGGAGGCACCUUUGCCGAAGAAUCGUCCUUUGCGAUCGUCUUCCCCAAGUACCGCGAAGUCUACCUCAAGGAGGCAUGGCCUCUCGUCACAAAGGCCCUCGAGAAGACGGGCAUCGCCUGCUCUCUUGACCUUAUUGAAGGUUCCAUGACCGUCAAGACGACAAGAAAAACAUAUGACCCCGCUGCAAUUCUCAAUGCCCGCGACCUCAUCAAGCUCCUCGCCCGAAGCGUUCCCGCGCCCCAGGCGCUCAAGAUCCUCGAAGACGGCGUCGCCUGCGACGUCAUCAAGAUCCGCAAUCUGGUGCGCAACAAGGAGCGCUACGUCAAGCGCCGCCAGCGCAUCCUCGGCCCUAACGGCUCAACCCUCAAGGCGCUCGAGCUGCUCACUCAGACCUACAUCCUUGUGCAAGGCAGCACCGUCUCCGUCAUGGGGCCCUUCAAGGGUCUCAAGGAGGUGCGCCGCGUCGUCGAAGACUGCAUGGCCAACAUUCACCCCAUCUACCACAUUAAGGAACUCAUGAUCAAGCGCGAGCUCGCAAAGGACCCGGAGCUCGCCAACGAAAGUUGGGACCGCUUCCUGCCCAAUUUCAAGAAGAAGACGCUCAGCAGCAGACGCGUGCCGCUUAAGGUCACCGACAAGACCAAAAAGGUCUACACCCCGUUCCCCCCCGCUCCCGAGAAGAGCAAGGUCGACAAGCAGAUCGAGACGGGCGAGUACUUUCUGGGCAAGGAGGCCAAGGCCAAAGCCGCCCAGGCCGAGCGCAUGGAGCAGCAGAAGCAGAAAAAGGUCGAGAGGUUGCGCGAGAGGGAAAAGGAGUACAUACCGCCCGAAGAGCUGGGCCACAAGAGGAAGAAGAGAAAGAAGAGCGAGGACGACGAGUGA